AUGAUAUCAAAGAGAGAAGAGAAGCCCAAGGUGGCUACAGAAGUCGACGAUGAUGAGCCCGAUGACUGGGACAAGCGGAUCUUCAGUACCGGUUGCGCAGCCGAACAGGACAAGCUGAAUGAAUGCUACUGGGCCAAGAAGGACUGGCGGAGCUGUAAGAAGGAGAUGGAAAUUUUCCGAGAGUGCUGGAAGCGACAUGGAAACGACGUCCGCACGCAGAGUAAAGACGCCUGA